UGCCGUUAACCCUUUUUGCUUGCAAUUAACCAAACUGCCCUUUAUUCACGCGGCAAAAUUUACCGAGACGAGCAUACGACGAACACCACCACUUCAAAAAAUGGAGAAGACCCAAGACGUGUUCCGGAAGGAGAGAGAAUCUAUUAUGACUCGUCAUCGCUUACUCACAAAAAAAUGCCAUGUGAGCUCUAAACCCUCUCUCUUUCCUUUUCAAUCAUUUAAUAAUAGUUUUCGCAAUCGUCCUCAAAAUUCUCUCUCCUCAUAUAUAUAUAUAUGUGUGUGUAGAGAGAGAAAGAGAGGGGGAGAGAGAGAGAGAGCAAGGAGGGAGCUCUGUUUGGUUGCUCCAAGACUCGGUUUCCAAAACCCUCACUGCAAUAUUUGUGAAGGAAAAAUGUACAAGUAUGUCAUAACCUCUCUUCCACAAGUGAUUUGUCUGUAUUUUGUGCUGUGAAGAAUUUCAAAUGGAAGCAUCUGGUUCAAGUAUAUUACGAAAUGAUGAUGAGGAAAGGGCCUUGGAGUGCUUGCUUGAUGCGUUUGGUUCUGUAUUUUCACUAGAAGAUAUUGCUUCAGUAUAUUGCAAGGCAGGCCGGAAUGCUAACUUGGCUGGUUCAAUGCUUUUUAACUUACAAGAGAGCAACUCCACCUCCAAUGGUGAAGCGGUGAGUGAAAAAUCUUCAGAAUCAUUCCACAUUCGUGAAUCUGAUGUACAGAGUGAGAGAUCUUCAGAAUCAUUGCCCAUCCAUGCAUCAAAUGGUGAAAUACACAGUGAAAGAUCUUCAAAAUCAUCCUGUAUUCGUGAAUCUAACGACGAAAUGCAGAGUGAAAAAUCUUUAGAUUUAUCCUAUAAUACUACUUUUGAUAAGUUCUCCUGUGUAGAUGGAAACUCAAAAGAAUCAAAAUCAAAAAGCCGUCCUGCUUCAGCCGGUACCAUUUCAUGUGUUCUAGAUAAAAAUUAUUUAUGCUCCACAUCCUUGACACAUGGAGCUUGUAUGACAACAAAACCUUUGAAAGUAGACUCAAAGGAUUUACUAAGGUCCGAACUUGAGGGAGAACAUUCUUCCAUAAAUUUGGGGAGGGAGAAUUUAAUGGACAAUGAAAUUGAGGAUUUUCUGUUUAAGAUGCUUGGAGAUGGAUUUCAGCUUGACAGGGAUACAAUGCAGGACAUUAUUGGUUCUUGUGGAUAUGAUAUGAAAAAGGUUUGCAUAAGUACGGAGAAACUAGGUGAUCUGUCAGCCGCAACUUCGGAGAAAAGGAACAUUUUUCCUGACGAAUCCAUUGAAAAGUCUCUUGAUGGAGGUCCAAGAGAAUUAAGAGAAAGACAUGAUCUCCAAAAGGAAAUUUUAGCUGCUUUCUUUGUUGCUUCUGAGAAACACGAGGAGUCUCCUAGAAGAACUGAUGCCUUCAAUUCGGUUGAGAGAUCUAGAGCAUCUGGGCGAAUAGUGGUUGAACCUCUGAAAGACAAUGCCGCAGAACACGAGACUGGUGCUAUGAACCAACAUCAAGACAUCAAGGAGGAUGAUGGAGACGAUAGCUAUCUGGUCCUUCGUAGAGCUGUGAAAGAGUAUCGAGCUACAAUGAAGGAAUAUUAUAAAGCUGCUUUCGAAGCAUUAGCUGAGGGAAAUAAUGUGCGAGCAGCCAAUCUUUUAGAAAAGGGAAACUUUUUUAACAGAAGGGCUCGCGAAGCAGAUGAAGAAUCUUCUAAACAGAUCUUUGAUACCAGAAAUGGGGAAACUGAAGACACAAUAUCUCUCGACUUGCAUAACUGCGGGACCAAGGAGGCGAUUCGUCUUCUGAAGUGUCAUCUUUCUUCCGUUUCUGGCAUCCAAUCUAUAAAGUACCUCAAGGUUAUUGUGGAGACAAAUGAUGAAGAUAUGUCAAAAGGGGCUCGUAAACGAUUGAUUAUAAAGUUAUUGAAAAAAGAGUCUAUCAAGUGGACUGAAGAAGGGAGUGCUGGAACAAUAUUGAUCCGUGUGGACGAAAUAAAUCCAAAACGUUUGAGUUUUGCUACAAAACAAUGAAGACCACUAAAGUGUGAGUUCUAUCGACCAACUGAUAUAGUUGUGAAAUAUUAAGGAGUACAUUGUAAACCUAGUUUUUCGAGGGUUUUUGUAAUAGGGAAUUGUUCCUUGUACCUAAAGAUUCGAGUCAGGAGACCAGUCAAGCACUUGAGGGAAGGUGAAGCCACACAAAUUUUCCUCCACAAGUGAAGAACUGGCAAUCAAAGAUUCAAAGGGAAAGAAACAACCUAAAAGAGUUCAAUUGUUGAAGUUGAAGCUUGUCAAACAUGGACGGUGCUUCUUCGAUCAAUGAAGUUGAAAAUACAGCUUCUUUUUGCUGUGUGAUGCUUGCUAUUACAGUUUAAUGUGUUUUAAGAAUACUAUUUGCUGUUUUUUUUCCUACUCUUUUGCAAAUUUUUGUACCUCGUAUAAUGUUAUCACCUUCACUACAAGGAACCAUUAUUUAUUUUUAUUGAAAAAGUUUUGGCUUUA